CAGAGAGUUCAGCAGGACAGCAUCCUGGGGAAACCCUGGGAAGAGAUCCAGAGCUUGGGUGAGGAAGGCGGCAGGGAGACCUGGAGGCCGGGGCUGAGCAAGGAAGGGCAGCAAAGUGGUCAGCGACAGAGCUGCCCAUCAGAAGGACCCAUUGCCAGAGGCUGGCCACCCAGCCUACCUGGGCCCGUAGGGCUGCUCUCACCUGCAGGAGAGGAAGAGAGCCUGCUUCUUGACCCCAGUCCCAGCCCCCGCCUCUCCCCUUCCCCUGAAGAGCCUGGGAUGAGGGGCUACCUGUAUUUGCUGCCCGUCUUCCUGGCCCUCGGGGCUACCGCUGGCAUCUGGAUUGUUUUCGGCAUUGCUGUGGUCCACAAGAAGGUGAACGUGUCUGAAGUCUUUCCCUACAUCAGUGUGUGUGGGGGUGAGCCCCCUCCCAGCUGCGUCUUCAGCCAGGUGCUCAACCUGGGGGCCGCGGCAGCCGCCUGGAUCUGCAUUCUCCGUUACCACCAGCUUCGGGACUGGGGCGUCAGAAAGUGGCCUAACUACGUGAUUCUGGGGAGCGGGCUCCUCUGUGCCCUGGGCACCUCCAUUGUGGGCAAUUUCCAGCACCAGCACCUGCUGGCCGUCCACCUGACCGGCGCCUUCCUGGCCUUCUUCGUGGGCACCGCCUACUUCUGGCUGCAGCUGGCUGUCCUGUGGCGCUGGAGGAACCCCCCACAGCCUGGCGGCCCCUGGAUCAGGCUCCUUCGCCUGGGACUCUGCAGCUCCUGCACCAUCCUCAUGGUGGCCAUGGUGGUUCUCCACACCCAGAGUGUGCGGUGGAGGUCUGCGGACGGACCCCCUGAUGCACUCCACGCCCGGGACCUGCGCUCGGCGGCCGCCGUCUGCGAGUGGACUCUGGCCAUGGGGCUCUUCACGCUCUUCGGGCUCCUGGCCGUGGACUUCUGGGACCUGGACGGCUGUAGCCUAUGUCUCCAGAAAAAAGAGGGUCCCCACCUCAGCAGCCCGCCCGCCUCCCCGGUACCCCUGCAGACACAGCUGUCCCAGCAGCUCUGAGCGGCUGUGAGGCCGCCACCCUUGGAGGAAACCGCAGGCUGGACCCUGGAGCCCUGGCACCGUGACAUGGACCGUGGGAUAACAGUGACCUCACAGGACGGUGGACGGCCAUCAGCUCGCACCCUCAACCCCUGGCAUCACAGGGCCCCAUGCCCCAGCGGGCAGGGUCACCAGGAAGCGAGAGGCCACGGCUGUCAGCCAUCCCUGAUCAAGCCUAUUUAUUAUUGUUAUUAAUAUUGUCAUUAUUAU